UCAGGAACUCAGUGCUGGUAAAACAUAACCCUUUUCUACUUGGGAGUUUGUUGAGAGCCGGCUGAGAGUUGUGGCGUCCGCGGAUUUCUAUUUAGUCAGAUCUUCGCUCUUUUCUCUCUCUCUCUCAUUCGUAGGUUGUCUUUCUACUUUCUUGGAGGUUGUGCUGCAAUGGCUGAAGCAAAACCAGGAUUGAGGAAACCAAUAUUCACCAAGGUUGGCCAGCUCCGCCCAAGUACUUCUGGGCACACUCUGACAGUAAAGGUUGUCAGUACUAAGAUGGUGUUACAGAAGGGUCGUGCUGAUGGUCCUCAAGGACGCCAAACGCGAAUUGCUGAAUGCCUGGUUGGUGAUGAAACUGGUUUGAUUAUCUUCACUGCUAGAAACGAUCAAGUGGACUUGAUGCAAGAAGGUUCUACCAUAACCCUAAGGAAUGCCAAGAUUGACAUGUGGAAAGGAUCAAUGAGACUUGCUGUGGACAAGUGGGGCCGUGUCGAAGUUGCUGAACCUGCCAGUUUUACGGUUAAGGAAGACAACAACCUCUCCCUUAUUGAAUAUGAACUUGUCAAUGUUGUUGAAGAGUAACUUGUCUGGUGGAGUUCGGUUCUCUACCUUGUCUUAACCGAAAAAUAAACACAACCGGAAGAAAAAAGUUGUGCUUUUAUGGGGCAUCUGAUCUCCAAAAUGUUCCCGAAAGUUCACUUGUAGGAAGAAGAAAUCUUGAAACUAGUACCACCCGAGUCUUUUCUCACGUUUGCAGCUAAUUGUGAUGGAGCUUUGGUUGUAUUGCCAUUUAGAUGGUGAUGGCUGUAAGUUUAUGAUCAUGAGGGAACUGGCUUUCUCUGUUUUACAAUCUAUUUACAUUUGGAAAGUACAUAUGGGAUUAAUAUUAUGCAAUGUUUAAUACUUUUUGUAA